GUGAGUUAGUAUUUUACCACUUCCGGUUCCCUCGUCUCAGAGUCAACAGUUUUUUGGAAAAUACAAAUAGCUCGAAAUAAAGUCUGUGGUUAACACACAUGUAAGAGGCGGACCACGUGUUGUUCGACGACAUUAAAUACAUCAGCAGUGAUUGUUAGCUAUCGAUUAGCUAAUAUUGCUACGCAAUGGUUUGUUGCUUUGCUCCGGGUUGCAGCCACAAGUCUUCGCAUGGAACUUGCUCGUUCUAUCGUUUCCCGACAGAUGUUGUCAAAAGGAGAGUCUGGACUCGUGUUAUACGACGAGCUGACAGGAAGCCCGGUGCCCAUUCCCGCAUCUGCAGCUGUCAUUUUCCUAAAGGAAAGGGAAAAAUGCCUGUUUUAUUUGUAGCCCAGAAUAUUGUCAAACUAAAUAGAGAAGAUCAUUCCUACUGUCUGAGAGGGAAUGACACUCAAAUUCAUGGAACAAAGGAAGAAGCCAAGUGUCUAAUGACUGAGGAGGAAGCAGAUCCAUUUGCUAAUGAGUAUCUUCGACCACUAUCUGAGGAUGAUGAGGAGCAAACCACCAGUGAAACGGUAGAAGAAAAACUUCAAUCUGAGCAAAGACACAGAAUGCAGCUAGAGAUCCAGCUAGCGGAGUCCAAGGCAGAGUUGAAGUCCCUCAAAGAUAAGGAGAGUUACUGCCGUGACAUGUAUUCUGCCUCUCAGCUGAGUGAAAAGGUUCUUCGGAUGGAGACAGGAUUGCCAGAUAGAGACACGUUCAGAUCUGUGUGUGAGUAUGUUGCUCGUUUUGAGGGUUCCAUUACAUACCCAGAAGGUUGGAGCCCCAAAACACUGAGUCUUGAAGACCAAGUUUUCAUUACCCUCAUGAAACUGCGUCAUAGUUACACACACCUUCAUCUGGCUGCACUCUUUCACUGCAGUAUAACCACUGUCAGAAAUGUGAUCGGUACAUUUAUAGACAUUCUCCACAAAUUACUUUUUAAGGACACAAUGAUAACUGUUCCCGGCCGGGAGAAAAAUAAAACCAGCUUGCCUUCUUCAUUUCGGCUCAUCCGCAGAAUGAUAUUGGAUUGUACGGACAUCACAAUUGCUAUGCCCAAGCAAAUGGACAUCCAGAAUGAGUUUUCUGGUGUGUAAUAUUUGUAAUAAAGAUUUCAUGUGACACAUCAAAUUGAUUUGUUGAUGGGAAUUAAUGUCACUAAUAUGAAUAAAUGAACUCUAGGUUAACGGUACUCUUCCCUUUCUUGCUAUCACUACUCACUGACACUCUAUAGACCUUGUCCCUCAUGCUGGCCCUGACAAAACGGUAAGUACACCUUCAUCUAGGCUGCACUGCUGUACGUGUCCUGACUUGUAGUGGUUCUCUCCUAUCUACUCUCUGUUUGUCAUCUUUGUAAAACGAUAUCAGACUGGUAAUUGAAACAGUCAUGACUUCUAGUUAAAUUCAGUGUGGCUAAAAGGAAAAGCUUUGUUAAAAUAUGCAAACACGCAAAAUUCAAAUACAAGGUGAAAACGUGACGUUGAAGUCGUGCGACUCUGCUGUACUCAGCUGUUGUUCAGUUAUAGCAUAACGUUUGCAAUUUGCUUCUGGCGAUUAGAUUUAUAAUUCGAAAAUGAUAAAUGUAGGGUAGACAUGUGGAGAUUAAAAUAUUCCGAAAUCCCGUUGCUUUUUGUCGAGGGAACACUUGCGCAGCUUACUUCCGGGUCGGCCUACAAAAAUACGUCAUCACUGCACCACUAUUCAUGAUGUUGCCAUAGCGGUCCCCGGUAAAAGUCAGUUCAUAUCUUCUUAUGGAUGUCUAUUUCCCCCAAAAAAAUGUACUGUACCAAAAACAAAUGAUCUUUUCAUUAGGCUACAUCACCUUUGAAAUAUAUUAAAAUACCCAUUUUUCCUUUUAUAAA